CCAAAUUAUGACACAGACAGAAGAGAAAAGAACUCUUAUUGGUACAUGAAGUUCACUCUCCAUCUAUUUUAGAAACAGAUCAUCGAAGCUCGAGGCAUAGAACUGAUCAACCAUGGAGUUUAGACCCACUCUUUCCGUCUUACUUCAUGCACUUCUUCUGUUCCAGUUUCUGAGUGAAAGCAAAGCCAGAGACAUUGCCAAAGACUCUGACAAUAUGCAUGGGAUGGUAAAAGUACAAGUGAAGGACCAAUCAUCACUUUCUCUAAAGGAACCUUUAAAUCCACAACUCAAUAUUUUCUUCACUCCUAAAGAUCUUAAAAUUGGGAAAAAUAUGCCUAUUUUUUUUGCUCUCAAAGACCCUUCAACUUCUCCUCAUUUACUUCCUAGAGAAGAAGCAGAUUCAAUACCAUUUUCUUCAUCAAAUCUUCCUUAUCUUCUUGAACUUUUCUCAUUUUCUAAAGAUUCCCCACAAGCAAAAGCCAUUGAAGACACAUUCUUCCACUGUGAAAUCUCAGCAAUGAAUGGAGAAUCAAAAUUCUGUGCUACUUCUUUAGAAUCAAUGCUUGAUGGGGCUAGAGAAAUCUUGGGAUUUAAUACCAAACUCAAUGUUUACACCACAGAUUUUAUUAACAAAUCCCCUGUUUCUUUACAAAAUUACACUAUUUUGCUAAAACCAAAGGAGAUUUUGGUGCCUAAGUUGCUUGCUUGUCACACUUUGCCUUACCCUUAUGCUGUGUUCUAUUGUCAUAUGCAAAAGGGAGAAAAUAAGUUAUUCAAGAUUUCACUUUUGGGAGAAAAUGGAGAUAGAAUUGAAGCUGCAGCAAUUUGUCAUAUGGAUACAAAAGAGUGGAAUCAUGAUCAUGUUGCUUUUAAAGUGUUGAAAGUUCAGCCUGGAAGUUCCCCUGUUUGUCACUUUUUUCCAGCAGAUAAUCUUGUUUGGGUUCCAUCUUCAUCUAUGUAAAUUUCUACUACUACCUAGUACUUUAUUAUGUUGCUCCGACUUUUCAAAAAUUUCUCCAUGUCUAUGUUGGAUUCCUAGAAAAAUAAUGUCUUUAGAGGAUCCGGCACGAGUGAGGCAAAGAUAUUUGGAGAGAUCAAUCAAGCAACAUAUAUAUUUUGUGGUACUAUUGUUUUAAUUGAACGACAGUCCCCACAUACUUUUGCA